AUGACAAAGAGUAGUUUUUACAAUAUACUGUGCCUGUUAUGUUUAUCCCUGGUGGUUUAUUACAGUUUAAAUGUGUACCUCAUUCACAAUCUACAAUCAACCGCACCGAAAGAUGAUAUCGGCGCGGCAGACCGCAGCGCGAGCUCUAAUCAGGCGGGUCGUGCAAAACCCUUCCAGAACAGUAGUGACGUGAACAAAGCUCUCUCAGUACAAAACGCUAUAGUGCGAAAAUCCGAGACCCUAAAGCCGGUGUUUCGGAACAGGAAUCCUAAAUAUGUCCCUAUUAAGCACGAUCUCGUCAGCUGCUUCUUGCCAAAGGCGUACAAUAUCAGCAGCGUGUUUAGGACGGCGAAUUCGUGGUCCAGGGCGAACGAAGUGUUUCCACUCAAGGACAAAACUGUCGGUGGAAUCAUAAAUGCCAUACGAACGGAGCCCAUUCGUAGCAUUAAAAACUCGCGUCGAGGAACGCAACUCAAGCUGGUGCUGGAGCUAGUUGGGUCACAGUACGUGCUGUUCAAACCGAGCUGGUAUCAGCGGGAAGAUGUUAUCAAUGGCACGGUGUACUCGGGCAAGGAUAGACAUAACUCUGAAAUCGUAAGCUUCCAUCUCGCUGCAAUUUUAAACCUACGCUACACACCGAUCGCGACCGGGCGUAAAAUCUCGCUGCGGGACAACUAUCUGCUUGCAGAUGAAGAGCUUCGCAAAACAAUGCCAGUGAUCAACGGUCAGCAGUGUGCAUACGGUUCUUGCCACUAUUGUAAACCCGAUGAAGUAGUGUGCGACGAUCUAAAGACCGGUAUGCUUGAAGGGGCCGUGCUCUACACUAUACCGGGAAAAAUAGUUAAGUACAGAUCUCCGUGGCAACGUACGUACAACGUCGACCUCAAAGCCGAAUGGGAAAAGAAUGACAACUACUGCUCGUUGGUGCGAAAAAAGCUACAAUUCGAAGUUUUGCUGGACCUUAUAGAUGCAGCGAUAUUCGACUUUCUGAUACAAAAUGGUGACCGGCAUCACUACGAGACGCGAGAAGAACGUUUGUUACUACUUGAUAAUGGGAAAGGAUUCGGAAACCCAUUUGUGGAUCAUUUGGAUAUUCUUGCACCAGUAUAUCAAUGUUGCUUCAUUCGACGCACCACGUGGGAAAGAUUGUUACUAUUUUCAGGAGGAGCCCUAACGGAAACUCUCGAAGAAUUGAAUAAGCUAGAUCUGUUGAAUCCGUUACUAACCAAAGAUCAUUAUAUCGCACUCGAACGACGGCUUCUGUACGUUUACAGCACUGUUGAAUUGUGUAAAGAAAAAUACGGUAAUAAAGUGUUUAAAUAG